CUCUCUUUCUCGUGCACCGGAAAAGUCAUGGCACGAAACAUAUCAUUCGUCUGCUCUGCUGCCAUCGAUUCAGUGUUUGCACCCUCCUCUCUGCUCUGUCUCUCGUCUCCUCCACAUUGCUUUUUCCCUUGCGCUGUAUCUCAGUCCCUCUCUUUCUCUCUCUUUCUCCAUCCUUCUUUUAAGACCCCCUUUGCGCUAUCUUUCCUUGGACGACCAUCAAAAGUUAGGAGAAAAAGGAGUGGGAAGAGAGGGAAAGCUACGCAGUGAGAAAAGCUUGCCUCUUGCUCGUAGUAAUAGGAAGCAAAGAGUUUUACAGGUCGGCUUCACCUCUGGCUCUCCCGACCAUGGAAUCGUUCAGCCUCCUCAAGUACUGGCGCGACGGCGGCGGCGGAGCCACCGUCGCCGCCGCCAUUCGCUCUUCCAUCUCCACCGCCGCCGCCGACUUCCCCCAUCCCGUCUCGGCGACAUCGGAUGAUGGCGGCGAAGACGACGACGAAGGCCCCUUCUUCGACCUCGAGUUCACCGCCCUUUCCGUCGAUGAUGGCGGGUCCGAUGACGGCUCUGGGGCGGAGUCGGAGGGUGAGCUGAACUUCGAGCUGAGCCCUGUCGGCAGCGGCGUCGGAAGAGGAGGAGAAUGUGACGGCAUCCGUGCUGAGGGUCUAUCCCCCUCUGACGGCCUCUUCUUCAAGGGAAAGCUCGUCCCUUUGGAGCCCUCUUCGCCAAUGAUCGCUGCCUCCCAGCCCGAAAACAAACCCCACGUCCCGGUAGUCUCCCUCCUCAAACCCGCCGCCAAGUUUCGUGUCUUCUUAACCCGGCUCCGUCGGCCCAAACCCACCGCGGCGAAGCCGGACACCGCCGUGGGCAUUGCGUCGCCGAAGCAGCAACCUCAGCGGCAUCAGAACAGGUUCUUCGUCAAGUUUAAGGCGGAAGACGUGCCCAUCAUCUCGCUAUUCGCACGAGACAACAGCCCCCGGAACUCCACCACCGACGGGGUCGCAAAUCCGCCAGGGGACACCGCCGCCAGCGUCCCCGCGGCGGUUGUAGCAGCGGAGGAGAAGAGGUACGCGAGGGAAGUCGUCCAUAAGUACCUCAACAUGAUCAAGCGUUCCAGGAAGCAGGGUGAGAAGCCGAAACGUCCCGGAGAGCCAGCGCCGCCGAAGACUGGGCCCGGGGCGGAGGAGCCACAGGAAGCAGCUCCAGCGCCCGCAGCGGGCGUGGCCGAGGACAAGGGACUCCCAGCCGGGCUGAGGAUGGUCGGGAAGCGGCCAGGCAAGAACCGGCCGGCGUCAGCAGCCGUGGCCGCGGUCCCUUCACCGCCACCGCAGCGACGCGACGACUCGCUCCUGGAGCAGCAGGACGGGAUCCAGAGCGCCAUCGCGCACUGCAAGCGUUCGUUCACCGCCCCGGACAAAGACACGCAAGCGCUGACGCACCCCAUCCUGGAUCGAUUCACCGCCGGUGACUUCUAGUGGAUCCACUCUCCCGCAUAUCCCCAACGUCGACCCGAUCCGUGCGAUGGGCGAUCACAGCUGCGAUCUGAGCCGCGCUUAUUCCUGGUCGUCCGAUUUCGAUACGAACAUCGAAAAAAAGAAGGGCAAAAAACGUGUCUUUAUCUCCC